UUUUCCAUUCCAGAAGAUGCAUAGUGAUGUGACUGGCCGUUGCAUGGCAUUGUGAUCCCAAUACGAGCUUGUGCCUAUAGAUCCUGGACAAGUGAACUUGAAAGAUUCGGUCCGGUCGGACACAAUUGCUAUUCUAACUUGGCUUAAAUCAACGAGUGACGUUCAAUACCUUCAAUUGUGCAAAUUUGAGUGACAGAGGGUCGUGGCGGCUCAGCUGUGGAGUUGGCCGCAUAAUUCUUUGAUCCCCAUUGGCUACGUUCUCGGGAGACCCUUAACGUGCUGAACCAGCAAAAGCUAUUCGACUUUUGGUGCAUCAGAAGCAUCCAGACCCAAUCCACGAAACUUAUCCAUACUCUAUGCUCAGACACAUUCUCAAAAUGUCGACCGAAUCAGCCGCCAAGCGCAUCAAGACCAACCCCUCGUCGCCGCUCAUUGGCACUCACAAUGGGCACUUUCACGCCGAUGAGGCGCUGGCAGUUCACAUGCUUCGCCUGCUGCCCACAUACUCUACCUCGCCGCUCGUCCGCACGCGUGACCCGAAAGUCCUCGAGACGUGCCACACGGUAGUCGACGUCGGCGGCGAAUACGACGCCCAGAAGAACCGCUACGAUCACCACCAGAGGGGCUUCGGCACCACGUUCCCCGGCCGCCCCACGAAGCUGAGCAGUGCCGGCCUGGUCUUUAUGCACUUUGGCAAGGCCAUCAUCGCGCAGAAGCUCGGGCUCCCGGCGGGCGAGGCGAUCAAGGACGUCGACCUGCUGUACGGCAAGCUGUACGAGAACUUUGUCGAGGCGCUGGACGCCCACGACAAUGGCAUCUCCGUGUACGACCCCGCCGCCAUCGCCGCCGCCGGGCUGGAGAAGAGGUUCUCGGACGGAGGCUUUGGGCUCGGCGCCAUGGUCGGCCGUCUCAACCCCAACUGGAACGACCCCAAGCCCCAGGACCCCAGCGAGGCGCAGGCGGCCGAGGACGACAAGUUCCUAGUGGCCAGCCAGCGCAUCGGCGAGGAGUUUGAGCGGGAUCUCGACUACUACGCCAACGUCUGGCUCCCCGCGCGCGCCGUGGUGCAAAAAGCAUUCGACCGCAAGUCAGAGUUUGACGCGCAGGGUCGGGUCCUGGUCUUCGACGGCCAGAGCGUGCCCUGGAAGGACCAUCUCUACUCUCUUGAGGACGGCAAGCCCUCGACUCUCUACGUAUUGUACCCCGAGAGCCCGGCCCCCGAUGCCAAGUGGAGGAUUCAGUGCGUGCCUGAGAGCAAGGACUCGUUUGUGAGCCGCAAGCCCCUGCCCGAGGCGUGGAGGGGUUUCCGGGAUGCGGAGCUGGAUGGCAUUGCCGGCAUCGAGGGAUGCGUCUUCGUUCAUGCGGCUGGUUUCAUCGGAGGCAACAAGACCUUUGAGGGCGCCAAGGCGAUGGCCGAGAAGGCUCUUCAGGGUUAGGUAUCUCAACAAGCGAUGCGCAAAGCCCCAUCUGGAGGGGGAAAAGGGUUGGACAUGGUUGAACAAAAAAAUGA